AUGAGACGAGGAUACAGCCACACCUCCACAACAGGCAGCUCGAAUGUCCGCCGGUACCGCACACGGGCCCCCACCUCUCAAGUGGAUGAAUCCCCAUUCGGGAGCCCCAAACCACUGGACAAACAUGGAAACUCAGCAUACAGGAUCGUGAGUCAGCCCAGAAAGAUCCAAGAGACUGUUCAAAUUCUAGGGAAAGACCAAAUUCGCAAUAUCAGGAUCCCUUCAAAAGACCCUCUGCAAAAUUCGCUUAUCCUAUCAUCUUCUGAGAUGCAGCGUCUCCUCACAGCCUCCCUGGUUGUCACAAAGAAAGAGACGUAUGCAAAGAACGAGGCUUAUCAGAAGGACGAAGAGGAGAAAAUCAAAGCUGCAAAAAACAUGAAGCAUCAAAUGAUGGAGAUCGACCGUUUACGCAAACAGAACAUGCCACUGACUCAAGAGGAGAUUGAUUCCCGUGACCGUGCACAAAAAGUAUGUGGAAGGUCAAUCACUUUAAGGAUGGAGCAAGACGAGGACAUUAAGAAAGUCAACAAGAUGAUUUUACAGACUCAGUGUCAAGCCAUACGAGAGGCGCAGAUCCAUGAGAAAAAAAGGAUCCAGGCAGAGAUGGCAGAGGAGGAGAAACGUCUAGACUCUAUCAUGGAGAGCGAGCGCCGCAAAGCUGUAGAGAACAUAGAGAAGAUACAUGACCUCCACAAACAGAAGAUGAAAAUGGGAAAGCAGCAAAUUUACAACCAAAUACUGCAACAUGAGCAGGAAAAGCAAUUACAGCAUGCAAAGAAAGAGCAGGAGAAACAAUUGACUCGAGAGAGACAUGAGAAAUUGAAGUUGGAGGAGCUCAGGGCCAAGCAGAAGAAGAGAGAGGAUCAGCAGCUUCUACAGAAAGAGAUUACACGUAUCAAUGCUGAGACCAUGCAGGCCAAGAGUAAGAUGUUAGAGGAGGAAAUGCUCUCUGACAGGAGGCGGAAAGAGUAUACACAAAAAAAACUGAUUCAGGAGGCUGAAUGUGACGCAGCACAGAGACGCAUCAAGAAAGAGAGGGAGUUGGAGAUUGGCAAGAUGUUGGCCCAACAAAAUAAAUUAAAAGACAUCAAGGCAAAGCAGGAUGAGAUCCGUUCUCAGAGGAUCCAAGAAAUGGAAGACAGAAAAUGGAGGAGAAAAGAGAAAGAUCUGGCUAUGAAGAAAGCCCAAGAAAAUGCUAUGCUGCGUGCGUAUCGCUUAGAGCAAGAUCGCUAUAAGGAGCAACAGAUGUUGGUCAAGUCAGAGCGUAAGAAGGCAGAGUUUGAUCGGAUGAUGGAUAUUCAAAAUUACACCAUGGUCAAACAAAGAGAGGAGGAGGAGAAACGGCGUCAAAAAGCACAGCAACUGAAAGAAGCAUUGCAAGAGCAGAUAAAGGAGCGUGAGCUCUUAGCCAAAGACAAACGCAGAGAAACCUUACAGGAAACUGAAAAGUUUACUGAGGAAGGAAGGCACAUAGAAGUGCUCCGUGAUAUGAUCACAGAGAAGAAGCUGAAGGAGCUGAAAGCUUCAGGAGUCCCUGAAAAAUACUGCACUGAUUUGGAAAAAAGAGUGUACAACUGGAAGCGGAAGUAG